AUGGGGAGACAACAACAACAACAAUGGUGGGGAGACAACAAUGACGAGAAACAAGGAAACAGCGUGGGAAGAGCUGGUCCUGAAACUAUUACUCAAACUCCCAGCCAGGCACUCGCUCAGCUAGCUCCCAAGGAAGCGCAAGCCCAUCAACAACCACAUCCACCGGCAGCCAGAGAGAAAGAUCAGCAGCAGCGACCAGCGUAUCCUUGGUCAGCACGACGACUUCUCCUCUCUCCCCCUCAAAUGAUCCCAAACGCAGACGUUGUUCCUCCAUCGUCUUCUUCUCCUUCCCCAUUCCCACGUUAUGGUCAUGCCCUUCCAGCCGCAGCAACAUCUAGUGGUGAACUAUAUCUUUUUGGAGGCCUAGUCCGUGAAAGUGCUCGCAAUGACCUUUAUGUCUUCUCCACUCGGGACCUCUCUGCGACUUUAAUGCAGACUGCGGGCGAAAUUCCUUCAUCGCGCGUUGGACAUGCGAGUGCUCUGGUCAGCAACGUCUUAGUAGUCUGGGGAGGUGACACCAAAACCGAUCCACAGUCUAAGUCGACAGAUAAACAGGACGAUGGUUUGUAUCUGCUAAAUUUAGUAUCCCGUGAAUGGACCAGAGUUAAUGUCCAUGGACCGUCCCCUGCUGGGCGAUAUGGUCAUGCAGUUACUAUGGUCGGCACGAAGUUUUUCGUUUUUGGCGGACAGGUUGACGGAGAGUUUUUGAAUGAUUUAUGGGCAUUCGAUCUUAAUUCUUUGCGAACCAGGGCAGCUUGGGAAUUAUUUGAGCCUAUACCUGGGUCUGAACGACCUGCCCAACGUACAGGUCAUGCCUGCAUAACUUUUGGUGAUCGAAUUAUUGUUUUUGGUGGUACUGAUGGACAGUAUCAUUAUAAUGAUACUUGGUCAUUUGAUGCCAGCACCAGAAGAUGGACUGAACUUCAAUGCAUUGGAUUCAUCCCUUCUCCACGGGAAGGACAUGCAGCAGCGCUUGUGGAUGAUGUUAUAUACAUAUUCGGUGGUAGAGGCGUAGACGGCAAGGACCUUGGUGACCUUGCCGCCUUUAAAAUGUCUAAUCAAAGGUGGUAUAUGUUCCAAAACAUGGGGCCAUCCCCUAGUGGCCGUUCCGGGCAUGCCAUGGCUUCGAUGGGUAGUCGAGUCUUCGUUUUAGGUGGUGAAUCUUUUACACCCAUGAAGGGCGAUGAUCCCAGUAUCAUCCAUGUAUUAGACACAAAACAUAUCAAAUACCCCGAUUCGAAUAAAGGACUUUCAGGUGGGGUGGUACGCAAGGCGUCUGCUGGUGCACCGCCCGUUCAACAAUCCGCUUCUAUAUCCACGCAAGGAAGUUCAAUAAUGAAUAAUUCUCGCUCGUUGUCUCCAUCUGGUCCCUUAAGUUCCGAUAUUGAAGACUUCCGGCGUGCUGUGUCACCUCCUGGCUCUAGACCGGGCAUUAAAAUCUUCAGUGAUAACUCUCAAUCUAUCCCAAACAACGGCAAGGGACAGGCACAAACCCAUUCGAGAAGAGACAACGAUGACAUGCUUGGGAUUGACGAGGGACACUUGGCGGAUGGCGAGUCGAAGGAUCGAGCAGCGUAUUCAGAACAUGAGCGGAGUCCUACAUCUUUUGGUUCGGUCAACAGAACGACAUCUCCUGUAUCUCAAAAACAUGAUGGUCCGCAGCCGCUGAACACUGCUAAUGUCUCCACGAGCAUGAAUGGGCCGAGUGCUCGCAGUCCAUCGCCCGUAAUCGACCGUAGUAAACCACCUCUUGGCGCAUUUUAUCUCCCUGGUUUACCCGUCGUCAACGGAUAUGGUUCUUCUCAUGAUGCGAAGUCUGGGUCAACAGGUAACGUGACUGCAGACUUGAUACGAGACUAUAAAGUCAUGGAGAUAGAAGUCGAACUGUUGAAGAAAAGGGAAAUUUGGAUGAAGGCUGCGCUUGUGAAAGCAUCUCGCUCUGGUUUCGUGUAUCCUGACGAGGAAUCUUUUAAGGCAGAAGAUUUAAAUUUGAGCGGGGUUCCUAAUGAUUCGAAUAAUCGCGCGGUUGCAGACAUGCUGCUCAACUUUAAGCACUUCAAGGCUCAAUUACAGACCUCUCUUGUGACUCAAGCACGUGAAGCUUCUCAGCGGAUUGCUGAUGCGGAACGCGUCCAAACGAGCGCUGUUCAAGAGGCGGCAUAUUACCGCGCUAAAUUAAGUGCUUACGAGGCUGCAGCUCACAGGGAUGCCGCAAGGUUGGAGCGUGAUCACAUUAGCGAGCUUGAGCGCCAACUAUCGAUCUCAUUAUCAGAUCAGGCGAUUCACCGUAGAAGGAUAGAGGAUCUCAGCGACUCGUGCUCCCUUCAAACCACCCUUUUGGAACAAUCGGAAGCGCGAGCGAUAGAUGCAAACAAACGUGCUGAUAUCCUGGAAGAAUCACGAAAUAAAAUUGUACAGAAACAGUCCGAGCUGCAGGAUCGUUAUGCUGCAAUGGAAGCUGCUCUUCGAGAUCAGGCAGACAGACUCCUUACUAAGACAUCGCUGCUAGAACAGAAGGAGACAGAACAUUCGCAUGCUCGCAAUCAACUCCAAGAACUGGAACAUUCACGGGAUCAACACGUUCGUGCACUUGACCAAGCCCGCACAGCACUCCAAGCAGCAUCGUCUCGAGCAGAGGUGCUUGACAUGCAACAUCAACGUGCUCUUGAGCAUAUUACUCAACUCGAGACUGAUUUGGCUGAGCUACGCGGAGAGCUGGAAUCACGAACAUCGGAGAUUGAAUCUGCAAGGGGCAGACUGGUAGAUGUUGAGAAUUCUUGGGCAAAAUCGCGCGAGGAGGCGGAUGCUUUUAGAGCCCUCACUACCGGCGGUCUCGGAGAAUUGCUUGACUCACACCGAGAUUUGAAGGCAGACGAGGAUCGCUGUGUACGACGUCAUACCGAGAAAAUCGAAAUUAUGGAAACGGAAAACGCCUCGUUACGCAAGCUGGUAAGGGAGAGUACGCAACGCCUGGAGGAGAUGCAAAAGGACUUCAAUGAGGAGCGACAUAAAGUCAGGGAGACGGAAUCUGAUCGAUCCUUCCUGCGGUCACAGAUCGUGGGUUUGCGCGCCCAGCUAUCAAGUGCGACCUCCGACAGCGGGCGCCUUCGCAAGGAUUUAGUUGAGAGAUAUUCUGAGUUACGGGAGAAAGGAAAGGAGGCAUAUGAAGCUAACGUCCGCUUGGCGAUGUUGCGCAGUUAUCUAGCAGAGCAUGGUAUCGGCCGUUGUGAUGAUGAUCCAGGCCCUAGAUUCACUGAAGAGUGCUCAUCACGAAUAGCAAGCCUUCAAGAAAGAUUGGCAGAGGAGACUCGACUACAUGAAGACGUCGAGAAAGAGCUUAAUGAGGUUCUACAACAGAAAAAGGGUGUCGAAGCGCGGGUCAAUGUUUUAUCCGAGCAAUUCGAUCGAGUGCGAUCAACCCAAAGUCCUGCUAAUCGUGAUGAUUCAAUCGUGCUUGCGGCUCAAGCUCGGGCGGUUGAGGCUGAACGAAGGCUUGAAGAGACUGAGCGAGGCUUCAAGGUUCGAAUGCAACAGAUGGAAGAAGACUAUCAGCUGGCAGUUCAUUACGUGAAAGGGACUGAGAAAAUGAUGCGGAAAAUGAAGGAUGAAUUAACGAAACAAAAAACGACAAACGCAAAUCUACAGACGGAGCUGGACGCUGGACGAGGCAGAUCUAGUACAGAACCAGGUUCUCGGACACGUGGCUUCAAUGGCCACAAUACUCCCCCCGAUGAUAAUCACGACCUGCUGCGCAAUCAGUUAAUUGAGGCUCAACGACAGGCGCACCGCCAUGGGAACGAGGGUAGGGAACUGCGACUGCGUGUGGAGUCAUUGGAAAAGGAGCUCGAAACCAUGAAGGACAACCUUCUCCUCGCUCAGAGGGAAUCUGACGAUCGCCUCGUACGAGUUGAGGAGCUUGAACACGAUGUUGAAAGACUCAGCAAUGCGCUGGUUAUUGCUCGUGGUGGUUCCGAUGAGACCAUGUUGGAGAAACUCAGCAACGAGAAUGCGAAUAUCAAGCGGGAGAAUGAGCAGCUUUCCCAUAAGAUCCAUUUAUUACUUGAGGUUGACCCAAGUAAUUAUCGACCUCUCUCAGGUAUAUCGGGUAGACCACCUAGUACAUCCAGUUCCGAAAACGCCAAGGCUUUCGAAGACUUAUCCAGUGAGCUCGAUGGCUGGCAGAGGCAGCUUGCAAGCUCGAUGAACAGUCGCCGACCGAUGAGCGAUUUUGACAAUGAGCAUGUAGCGAGAUCACAGUCGUGA